UCGAUCUAGAAGAUUUUAGUUAAAUCAUGUGAUUUCAUAUGAUUUCAACAUUAUUUAAAUGAUCUGCCAAUUUUUAAUCGUCCAAAAGUUCUUUCUGCCAUGACCACUGAUAUUUCAACGUACCGUUUUAAUCAUACUAUGAUCCGGGUCAAAGACCCACAAGUUUCGCUCAAGUUUUAUGAAGAAAUCUUAGGAAUGAAUAAUUGGGGAACUGAGUCCGAUUCAAAUUUUGAAUAUCAUAAUGGAAAUAAAGAUCCUCGUGGUUUCGGACACUUGGCGAUUACAGUAGAUAAUAUUGAAGCUGCUUGUAAAAGAUUCGAAGAUAACGAUGUUAAAUUCAUUAAGAAGUUGACUGAUGGUACAAUGAAAAAUAUUGCAUUCAUUACUGAUCCAGAUGGUUACUGGAUUGAAAUUAUUCAAGCUGGAUCAAAUGCAGCUAAACCACAAUCAUAAAGAUUUAAAGAGGUUUUUUUUUAGUAAUUUUGAGUCACAAUCAAUUAGGAGUAUUUAAGUUUUUGAUUUCGCAUCUCAUAAUUAUAUGUAUAACUUUUUUGUUUAAUAAUAAAAGGCAAACUUCAUUUACCAGAAAUA